UUUAUUUCCCUCACAGUCAAAACACAGAGGAGGAGGAGGAGGAGGAGGAGGGGAGGUGCUGAAGGUGCUGUAUCUCUGUUAUUAACCCUGACAGGCUGUCAUCAUAUGUGAAGGAGCCAGAGGUUGCUGCUCGAGUCUUGUAAAAGAUCUCUCUCCUGUUGCAUCAACAAUAUAAUUUAUACAAUAUAAACGUGAAAGCAGCCGAACACUUUGAGAUGGAUUUCCCAGUGGAGGCGAAGGUGCAUUUGGGUAUGUGCCACAAUGAGACAGUAGCGCGAGAAAUCCUCAGAGCGUACGGCUUUACGUUGACAGAUCUGGGCAGCGAUCGAGUGCUUGUCAAGGGGUCAUUUCUGAGACUUAAAGCUGCAAAAGCCGUUCUGGAGCCACUUAUUAACUCACAAACCAAGACAGACAUCACGCCGUCCUCAUCCUCACUGGUCCCAACGGUUUCCUCUGGAGCCGUUCCCAAACACCACCCCAGCAGCAGCUCAGAUGGUUACAGAAGCCGGUCAGGAUCCCGAAACAAGCCUCCGCAUGCUUCUCAAUCUUCACCCAAGACCUCCUCACCUUGGGCGUCCGGCUCUCCGAACAACCACCAAACCUCUCCAGAGCACAGAGCUUCUUUUUCUCCGAGACCGGACCAGCGGAGCUCAGUCAGACCUGAAGGAGAGUGCUUUAUCGUUGAUGGGGAUGUGUUUACUUACGCAGACCGGCUCAGGAGAAAAGAAAUCGAGGGUAUUCUGAACAGCCAUGAAGUCACAAUGGGAGUGCAGCCGGUUGGCGAUAGCUUCAAUCUCACUUUAGUCGGAAAGAACGCAGGGAACGCUGUCGGUGAACUACAGAGUCUCCUGAACAAUCUCAACAAAUCACUACGCACGCAGGAAGUUCCUCUUAAGGACAUGGAUCGUGACGGCCGAGCUCUUCUAGGGAGGAUCAAGAGAGGCGGAAACACUCAUUAUUCAGUGUUCGUAUGUGAGAAGAAUGACAAACUCCAGCUCAUAGGACCGUCUGGUGAGAGCUACGAGUUAAAGCAGAGGCUGUUGGGGAGGCCGGUUGACCGGUCAGGACGUACAGGAAGGACAAUGGACAAAACCCCCAGAGGCAGGAGCAGCUCUCUACCACCAAUCAGUCGAAAAAACACAGGUGGAGAUAACGGUGCUGUCGCCAAUCCGCCUCCUGCUGGAGCUGCAGGUUACACUCCGUCAAAGUACCCAGAUGAUAAACGGGAAGGUCGUGAGCAAAAGGGCAGAGUUUCUAAAUGGUUCUCAUCUUUCAGGAGAAGAAGCCACUCUGAGUCCCGCCAAAAAAGCAGAGCGGGAAGGGUCAACGACAACGUGGAAGACACGGAAAACAGAAUCACUAAAUCUACUAAAUCACCCAAGAAAGGUUUCAUUGGGUUCUUACAGCUUCCAUGGAAAAAUAUGAAGAGAAAAUGAACAGCACUAAAAUGAAGUACCUGUUAUUUGUCUUACUGAGUAACAGGUUUCAAUACUGAAUACUGAAUACUGGAUCUUUGAGGCCCGUAGUGAUUCUGAUAUGUGAGACACGUGUCUGUACAGUAAAUCUGUAGUUACUGUCAGCAGCUUAGAACAUUUUAAUUGAUUAUUGUUUAAGUCAGUGCUACUGGAGUCCGAACAUCACAACAACUUCGGUCUCUGCUAAUCCUCUUCUUGGACUUUUGGACUCAACAGAGCGGGUCUUGACUACAGCUACUGUUUGAAGUGUAAAAUUUAAACUGAAUCACUCAGAUUGAUGAAUGUUGUUAGGCGGUGCAAUGAUUUUAUGAGCCUGAUACUGUCUCAUGAUAAAUUUCUUAUCACACUGUAACACUAAUAACCUGUGCACAAGAAUAACUUUAUACUGUUUACAGCCGUUAACAUUUCUCACACAUUUAUAAUUUACUGUUUUCUUUGCACUGUAAAUGUCGGUGAUCUGGAUCUGAUUCUACAUCUGUACACUGGAUAAGAGAAUCAGCUGAACGGCUAAAAUAUAAUUUAUGCAAAAGGGGGGAAAAAAACAGAAGAAUAAAUAUGACAAUUAAUUACACAAAUGGCCAUUUGGGUGAUUUGAAGGAAAUGUGAUAAUGAGAUUUAUGCCUCUUUCAUCUCUAUGUGUUUGUGCUCUGUCAUAAUUACAUUGGGCAUCUGGGGCUACUGUGAGUGUGCAAACUGUUGAUGUUGUUAGUGUAACACCUGAAUGCAACAUCUAGAGGGAGACAGAAACAGACGUGAGAGGAAGUGAAACAGUCUGACGGUACACUGAGAGGAAGUACUUAUGGCUGGAGAGGAUCUAACAGGAAAGUAGUUACAGGAACGAUAACUGGAUGCUCGACUGGACAAUGUUACCAUAUAUAGUGUAAAGACUUUUAGAUUCAUCUAAGGACUAAAAAAAGAACAGGCUGUCCACACACUGAUGAAUGCUCUACAGUAGGUAGGUGUUAAAUGUUUCAGACUUAUGGUAAAGUCCCUUUACUCAUGAUUCUUCCAAUCAAUGUUUGUAUUAAAUAUGAACUUAUGAGACUGUUCAAACAGGGCUGCACUCAUAUGACUCAGAGGUCUUUUCUUACAGUAAUAACCAAAAGACAAAUCAGUCUGAUGAGAAAUCUCUCAUGUUUAGUGCUGUGGUUUCCCCCUGUUUGUUUUUUAUCUGUUGCCAGGGGCAACGUGACGUCUGAUGGACAGAUGGUUGUUUGGAAGUCUGACAAUAUGUGUAAAUAUUAAAUAUUUAUUUUACUUUUCAUAAAGGGCAAGGGGAGGAUGAAACAGUUAUAUUCACUUCCCGAACUGAUCAUAUGUGACUAUAAUUGACCCUCUCUUCUGUACAUGCGUGCAAACACACAUAAUCUCUCUAUGUAUGUUUUUGUGCUUGAUUAAUAUUCCUUUGUAUGUAUGCCUUUUGAUUGUGGUUGUAGAUUGCAUAACUUUUGUAAAUGCUUAUAGCUUAUUGAGGCGGGGUUCCUUCUACAAGUCUUCUAUCUCUUCUCUCAUCUCUGCUUUUUUUCCUCUUAUUUGUGGUGCUGCAUUUGUAAACCUAAAAUAACAGGGUCAUACAUUCAGUAGCCUUAACAGUUUGAUGUUCAGUUGAAGACAUGUGACACACAUUGCUUCCAAGAAAUUGUUGUGUAAUAAGACAUUGGUGUUAAGACUAAGAAUGACGAUCCUUUUGCUUGCAACAGAGAAGAGUACAAGCGAAGAGACUUUAAUGACUACCAGCCCCUGAUGGGAGGUUAUAGUAUAGUUUCUCUUGUGAGUUUCAGAUGUCAGAAAUAAAGAAACCAGAUAAUUAAAACAGCCUAGGACAGGCGGUCAAGGCACACAGAGCACAGCUAAACCAAAAGGACAAUUGAAAACAGUAGGAAAAAUAGGUAUAAAUAAAUUCAAGGUUUACACAUAAUCAGGAUAAUCUACUGGGUGAGUCUGACAAUGAAUUUUGACUCAAUUUAUAGUUUAUUGACCCAUUGACCUUCACCCAAAUUACUAAAACAGUCCCAAUCUUGACUAGAAAUUGUGGAUUGACAAAACAAUCCCAACUCAGGGUCCAAUUACCUUUUUUUUUCUUCACAGGUUCUUUCAGCUGUAUCACAUCUUCUUCAUCACUGGAUGGAGGUUGCUCUGUUGUCAUGGAGACGUGCAACCUCACUAGUUAUGAUUUCAUCCCUAGAACUGUUAGGACUUCUUGUCCAUGCUUACUUGAAACUUUUAAUUGAAAAAAAAGUAUUAAUAAAGUUAAUUGAGCAUCACAGAUCUUAA